GAAAGAUUAGCUCAACCUGAUCUCUGCUUGAAUUAUUCUAUCUUUGCGAGAGCCUAAGUUCCAAAGGCGGGAGAGUGCGACAUAUUAGUAUACACAGGUACACAGUAAUGACUGGCUUGUCCGCGGCAGCUCCACCAAUCCUCGCCUCUACCCUGUUAGACUCGUCAUUACAAAAGAACAGCAAUGAUAAUUCAGUUCGCGAGCGACGUGGAAUGGUGGAGAGUGAUCCAUGGGACUUGACCAGAGACAUAGAAGAAGGGGUUUCACUCAUGCCGGGCAGGUCUGUUCUGAGCUGUGGUAGUGUCAUUGGGAUAUCUGGGCUCCAGCCCACCAAUGCGAACGGCUCGCGAGAAGGAACAGGAGAUGAUAUCCGAUAUUGGGUUGAUGAAUUUUCGCAACAUAUCCUAACCACUCUUCUCUGCAAAUACCCCGUCGACAAAGACUUCCCAAGGGCAUUUGUGAUACAGUAUUUUGACUCACGACCCUUGUCGCGUCAAGCAUUGUUUUUUUCUCUCCAGCAACGAUCGCCAGACCGCUCACCAGAAGACCUCGAAACUAUCCUAGAUAAUAUCCAAACACGUCGUGUAUAUGAUUUUGACGAACUGCUUGAAGCUGUAUCUCAGAUAUCGAAUAUACUAUUCGAGCUCCAGCAACGGCAAAACCAACCUGGAAACAAAGGAAAAGGGUACAACUCCGCUCCCGCCCUCCUCCUUAUCGAGGGCAUAGAUCAAUCACUCGAAGAGACCAUUCGCACCUCCAACCCCGUGGCAGGCCAUGCCCGCCUUGUCCCAUUAUUACGGACACUCACUGUAUUAUCACGAACGUACGCUUCGUUUCUCUGCGUUAUCAUUGUUAAUUCUAUCGCUUUACAGCACCCUCCUCAAUCGGCCUCAGCUCAGGAGGCCGCUCUCACUCCAGCAGAUGAUACAGGUGCUGGUCAGCUGCAACGACAACAAUAUUGCCUAGAGCCUCCCGUAUGUUCCAUAUUUUCCAACAUCUCGAGGCUCUCGAAAGCGUCACCAACCCUUUCCUACUUCUCUGUCUUGACGCGGUCGCUCGACCAAGGCUGUGACGUGCAUCUUUUAGUUUCCCAAAUGCAGAAAAAUAUGAUCAUUGAAGUGGCGAAGCAUAGGGUCGGGACUGAAGUUGGACGGUGGUGUGAUUUUUGA